AGUUUUGAGUCUUUCUCCAGCCUUAGCUGCAGUAGUCCUUUCUGACAAGGCAAAGUAUUGCUAAAGUGAUGUCUGGGGUCGGCGGAUGGAGGGAAGGCAGCAUGUAUAGGAGGGCUGCUGCCUCCAGUGCUCCGUUUUCCUCUCAGGGUUACCACUGGGAUGGCAGCAGUGAAAGAGAAGAGGCUGAAAACCCUCAGAAGAUGACAACAUUUGGAGAGGAACAAAGUGGACGAGCAUUAGUCUACCAAAAACAGCAAGAGCAGCAUGUCAGGCCAUAUAUUGUGAUAACUCCAAAUGAAAUGAGAAGAAACAAGUUACAGCAAGUUGCUAGGAGAGAGUUAAAUGACUUGGAGCAGUGGAAGAAAGAGCACAGGCCAGGGCCAGUUAAGUUGGCUCCACAGAGACUGGGUGGAAAGGAAUCAGAGGCUCAAGCAAGGCAAAACCAGCAAAUGAUGCUCAUGCAAUCUAAAUACCAGCAAAAGCACAAGAGAGAAGAAUAUGUAAAGGCAAAAAAGGCAGCUGAAGAAGCUGAGAUCCUGAAAAAGAAAGCAAUUCAGAGAGAAAAGGCAGAGAGACUUGAAGUUAAAAAAAUACAACAAGAAAUGCAAAGAAGAGAGAUAUUCCUUGAAGAUCAAUAUUACAAAACCAAUGAAUUAUUGAACAGAUUGGACUUGGGUUUUACAAAGAGUGGCUCCUGUCAGAUUGCUAAUCAUGGCCAAGAAUCUACAGCGUGGGUAAGCAAAACCAUGACUAGGAGCCAUGCUUAUAAACAAGCGCUUCGAGAGGACGAAAACAGAAGAUUAGAGGAGAUGAAGCAAGAACAAUGGAGGAAGGGUGAAUUAAUGGAAAUCAAACAAAAGCAGGAAGAGGAAGCCAGGACAAGAGCACUUCAAAAUGAACAGAGGAGGGUAAAUAAUGCUUUCCUGGACCGACUCCAGAACAAAACGCAACCUGAUAGCAUCUACUAACCUGGAUCUUCUGGGAGUCUGGACUACUUCAGUAACGGCACCUGGGGUAGUGGAGAAACAUUCACUUUCAUCUGGCCUUGGCCAAAUGACCUUGUAAAAGAGCCAAGAAGGCACUCUUUUAUCAUUGUGAUUUUUUUUCUUACCCUGACUUCAGCUUCACGCCCACUUCAUGAGCAAUCUGCGGAGACUGGUUUCUAGCUGUCAUUAUUCACGCAUAUUUGAAGCAGCUGAUUAUGAAAGUCUUAUUUAAUUUUUAAUAAGAGAAUGUGUCAUUUUUUUUUUCAUAAAUUGUUUUGCCUCUUGAAGAACGUAAUUAUUCUGCUCUUUGGAAUCUGAGAAAAUGAAGAUAUUACUGGCUGCAGAAGCUGCAGUAAUAUCUGUGUUUACUUGUUUUUCUAUAUCCAGGCAGAGAUGUCUCAGAGAUUUAGACUAAAGAAGCAGGUAGACGGAUUUCUUUUGGAAUGAGGAGGAGAAGCGUUGAUGAUUUGAUUUGGGGGUUUUGUUUUGUUUUUGUAAGGGAUUUGUGGAGUUGUUUUGCUAUUGUAUUCAAUAGCAGAUGAAGAAACAGGUGUGUAUUGUAGCCUGGAUCUUGUAAAUAUGUUCUUAGAAAAACAUAAUACAUGAAAGAAAUAAA